AUGCGUUUGUUGGUCCUUUUUAACAAAGAAGAGUUUUCAGUGCAAAUGCUAGGAGGAAAGGACUUUGCAAUGUAUGCUCAAGAAACCAGUGUUGAAGAGAUCGGAAAUAAUACAAAAACAUCACUAAGAAGUGAACCGUCUCCUGAAAACGACAGAGAACAAAUAGCGGUUUUCUCUCAGCCAUCUCAACAUCAGAUGCCGUUAUUUUACAAUUGUUCUCAACAAUAUCAACAGCAAAAUUUUAAUGCAGACUUUGCAAUGUAUGCGCAGGAAGAGAUUGGAAAUAAUACAUUAACACCACCAGGAAGUGAUCCGUCUACUGAAAACGAUGUAGAUCAACAAGCGGUUUUCUCUCAACCACCUGAAUAUCAGAUGCAGUUAUUUUAUAAUAGUUUUCAACCAGAUCAGCAGCAAACUUUUAACGCAGACUUUGGAAUGUAUGCUCAAGAAACCAGUGUUGAAGAGAUCGGAAAUAAUACAAAAACAUCACCAAUAAGUGAACCGUCUCUUGAAAACGACAGAGAACAAAUAGCGGUUUUCUCUCAACCACCUCAACAUCAGAUGCCGUUAUUUUACAAUAGUUCUCAACCAAAUCAACAGCAAAAUUUUAACGCAGGUUUUGGAUUUUCACAUACAGACUUUGCAAUGUAUAUGCAGGAAGAGAUUGGAAAUAAUACAUUAACACCACCAGGAAGUGAUCCGUGUACUAAAAACGAUGAAGAUCAAGAAGCGGUUUUUUUUCAACCACCUCAAUAUCAGAUGCCGUUAUUUUAUAAAAGUUUUCAACAAGAUCAGCAGCAAAAUUUUAAAGCAUACAAUGAAAAUUAUCCUUAUAUUCAAAAUUCCUGGAAUUAUCCGAACUAUUAUGGCCAUAAUUAUUAUCCUUCCAUCCAUGGACAUUUAUCAGGAAUGAUGCAAUCAGCAGCUCAAUACUACCAGCAACCACACCAUUCACAAAUAUAUGGAGACUAUAAUAGAAGAGUCAAUAAUGAAAAUAAUGUCUUCAAUGCGCAUGAAUCAUUGUUGAAAAAGCCAAGGGGAAUACGUUCAUUAUAUUCCGCCAAACAGAUUUUUGAGUUGGAAACCUAUUUCCAAAGUAAGAAGUAUCUUCCAAGAAUGGAUCGAGCAAAAUUAGCCCAGAAAAUUAAGUUAUCGGAAAAACAGAUUAAAGUUUGGUUUCAAAAUAGAAGAAUAAGACAUAAGAAAGUUUUAAGUUCAGGUCCUAAUCCUACCUUCCAGGCAACAUCAACUAACAUGAAAGAAGAUAGCGUUAAAGUCAAAAUUGAGCCAACAGGAAACGAGGUGGAGAUAAAUAAAAAUACAAUUGAUGAAAACGCUGAAGCGUUUGUAUUAAGGGACAUACAGAACUUCACACAAGCUGAAGAAUUUUCCCAAGAUGCCAAUUUUAUAACGACUCGACCAGAAGAAGUUCAGCAUAUUCUUAAUGCUCUUGUAGGUAUUCAAAAAUAA